UCCAGAGGCGGUGCCGCCAUUUUCUUGGCGACGCCCACGGGGCCGGUUCUGGGCCGGGACCGGCGCUGGUCCCGGGGCUCCUUCGCCACCGGAGCGCCCUCAAUGUGUCCCCAAGGUGUCCCCAGGGAGCAUGGAGCCCCAAGAGCUGUCCCCGGCAAUGCUGCACCCGCCGGUCACUGUGGUGGCCACCCUGGGCGAGCUGCUGGCCACCCUGCCCAGGCUGGACGAGAUGAAGAUGCUCGUGUCCCCAUUGCGCCUGUACUCGGACCUGAAGAAAUUUUGCAAGGAUCUCCGGGCCACGCUGUACCGCAUUAAUGGCACCUGGUGGCAUCGCAAUGUCACCUAUGAUGAUGAUGACCCUCCGACCUCCCUGAGCCGCGCCCUGGCUGCCUACGAGAGCACCCCAUGGACCACCUGGUUCCACGUGACAGUGGAGGCCUGGCACUGGCACGAGUUGGUGGAUGCUCUUGUGGACAGCUGGGCCCAGCAGGCCGGGGCGGCCACCAAGCUCCGCAACACCUGCAGGGAGGUGGCCACUGAGGCAGGAUAUAGAAUGGCCACUGCCUGGGCCAGGCGGCUGCAGGACAAGGCUGCCCAUGAUGGGACAGCUCAGGCAAACAUGGCGGAGCUGGGUCAGGCCCUGGGCAGGGAGGAGGGGGCCGAGGUGGUGGCUGGGCAUGAAGCCCGGGUGAGGAGAGAUGCCCGGGUGGCUACCAACAAGGCAACAAGGGCCACCACGGUGAGACAGUGGGCGGAGGCGGCCCUGGGGCUGCUGCAGCGCUUGGUGGCCGCGUGUCACGAAGCCACUGCUUUCCCCCAGGCGCUGCAGCGCCUGCUCAGGAACACUGAGGCUGCCCUGGAGGGGACAAAUGAGGCAUCCCCCAAUGUCCCUGAAGACUUGAUGGCCAAGGUGGCCAAGGCCGAGCGGCUGUGGGAGGCCAACGCCCUCCUGGCCAAGGAUCACCUGCUGGGAGCAGUUGAUGACAUCAUCAAGUUCUAUUUCACUGGUGGUCCUGCCAGCCCCAGUGGCUGUGGAGUGGCCGAGCGGUGCCAAAGAGCCAUCGAGGUCAUCCCAAGGCUCCUUCGAGCCCAGGAGCAUCCCCAGAGCAUCCCCGAGGUGUCCCCAGUGAGCAUGGAGCCCCAAGAGCUGUCCCCAGCCCUGCUGCAGCCACAGGUCACCGUGGUGGCCAUCCUGGGUGAGCUGCUGGCCACCCUGCCCAGGAAGAACGAGAUGAUGAUGUUAUCCGCAGUUGACCUGUACUGGGACCUAGCGGACUUCAACGAGUACCUCCCCACCCUGUACUGGGUUGAUGACAUCUGGUGGCGCUACAAAGUCACCUCUGAUGAUGAUGAACUUGUCACCUCCGAUGACGAUGACCAUCUAAUCUCCCUGAGCCAGGCCCUGGCUUCCUGGGAGAGCACCCCAUGGACCACAUGGGACCAUGUGACAAUGGCGGCCAUCCAGUGGUCGGUGUCAGUGGACAUGCUUGUGGACAGUUGGGCCGCACUGGCCAGGAGGGCUGCCAAGCUCCACAACACCGGCAGGGAAAUGGCCACUGAGGCGGCCGCAAUGCUGGACCAUGCCACCAUGUGGGAGAGGGAGCUGCAGGAGGAGGCUGCCUGUGAUGGGACAGCUCAGGAAAACAUGGUGGAGCUGGGUCAGGCCCUGGGUGGGGAGGAGGGGGCCGAGGUGGUGGCUGGGCACGAAGCCCAGGUGAGGAGAAAGGCCAGGGUGGCUGCCAGCGAGGUAACCAGGGCCACCAUGGUGAGACAGCGGGUGGAGGUGGCCCUGAGGCUGCUGGAGCGCUUGGUGGACGCGUGUGACGAAGCCACCACCCUCCCCCAGGAGUUGCAGCGCAUGGUUGGGGACAUUGAGGCCGCCCUGAAGGGAACAAGUGAGGCAUCCCCCAAUGUCUCUGAGGCCUUGGUUGCCAAGGUGGCCGUGGCUGAACGGCUGUGGGAGGCCAACGCCCGCCUGGCUAAGGAUCAUCUGGAGGGGACACUUGAUGACACCGUCAACCUGUAUUUCAGUUGUGGUCCCAACACCGCCUGUGGGGUGGCUGAGCGGUGCCAAAGAGCCACCGAGGGCAUUUCAAGGCUCCUUCGACCCCUGGAGUGCCCUCAAGGUGUCUCCAAGGAUUCACCAGUGAACAUGGAGUUUCAAGAGCUGUCCCCAGCCCUGCUGCAGCCACAGGUCACCGUGGUGGCCACCCUGGGCAAGCUGCUGGCCACCCUGCCCAGUCUGGACGAGAUGAUGCUGCUGUUCCUAAGGUGCCUGUACUGGGACCUGGAGGAAUUUAUCAGGGAUCUCCGGGACACUCUGUACUGCACUGAUGACAUCUGGUGGCACCGCAAUGUCACCUCCAACGAUGAUGACCCUCCGACCCCCCUGAGGCGGGCCUUGGCCACCUGUGAGAGCAGCCCAUGGACCCCCCAGAACCAUGUGACACUGGUGGCCAGCGAGUGGCAGGGGUCGGUGGCUGUGCUUGUGAACAGCUGGGCCGAGCUGGUCAGGGCAGCCACCGAGCUCCACAAUGCCUGCAGGGAGGUGGUCAAAGAGGCAGCUGACAGGGAGGCCACCAGCACCGCCCGGGCCAGGGAGCUGCAGGACAAGGCUGCCCGUGAUGGGACAGCUCAGGAAAACAUGAUGGAGCUGGGUCAGGGCCCAGGUGGGGAGGAGGGGGCCGCAGUGGUGGCCAGGCAUGAAGCCUGGGUGAGAGAAGAGGCCAGGAUGGCUGCCAGCUGGGCAGCAAGGGACACCAAGAUGAGACAGAGGGUGGAGGAGGCCCUGCGGCUGCUGGAGGACUUGGUGGCCGCGUGUCACAAAGCCACCGCCUUCCCCCGGGAGCUGCAGCGCAGGGUUGGGGACAUCGUGGCUGCCGUGAAGGGGACAAAUGAGGUAUCCCCAAAUGUCCCUGAGGACUUGGUGGCCAAGGUGGCUGUGACUGAGUGGCUGUGGGACGCCAACGUCCGGCUGGCCAAGGAUCAUCUGGGAGGAACACUUGAGGACAUAAUUGACUGCUAUUUCCGCUGUGGUCCCGACAGCCCCCGCUGCCACAGGGUGGCCGAGCGGUGCCGAAGAGCCACUGAGGACAUCCCAAGGCUCCUUCAAGCCCCGGAGCGUCCCCAGAGUGUCCCCAAGCUGUCCUCAGUGAGCAUGGAGCUCCAAGAGCUGUCCCCGGCCUUGCUGCAGCCACAGGUUACUGUGGUGGCCAUCCUGGGUGAGCUGCUGGCCACCCUGCCCAGGGUGGAUGAGAUGAUGCGGCUGCUCAUGUCCCCAACAUGCCUGUACUGGGACCUGGAGGAAUUCACCAAGGAGUUCCGGGACACCCUGUACCGCAUUGAUGACACCUGGUGGCAUCGCAAUGUCAUCUUUGAUGAUGAUGAUCCUCCUACCAGCAUAAUCCAAGCCCUGGCUGCGUGGAAGAACAUCCCAUGGACAACCCAGGUCCAUGUAAGCUUGGCAGCCUGGAACUGGCACAGGUCGGUGUCUGGGCUUGUUAACGGCUGGGCCCAGCGGGCCAGGGCAGCCACCAAGCUCCGCAACACCUGCAGGAGGGUGGUCAAUGAGGUGGCCCAAAGGGAGGCUACCUCCCAGGCCAGGGAGCUGCAGGACGAGGCUGCCCAUGAUGGGACAGCUCAGGAAAACAUGGCGGAGGUGGGUCAGGCCCUGGGCAGGGAGGAGGGGCCCGAGGUGGUGGCUGGGCAUGAAACCCGGGUGAGGAGAGAGACCAGGGUGGCUGCCAGCGAGGCAACCAGGGCCACCACGGUGACGCAGCGUCUGGAGGCGGCCCUGGGGCUGCUGGAGCGCUUGGUGGCCGCGUGUGACGAAGCCACCGCCUUCCCCCGGGAGCUGCAGCACCUGCUCAGGGACAUCAAGGCUGCCCUGGAGGGGAUAAAUGUGGCAUCCCCCAAUGUCCCUGAAGACUUGGUGCCCAAAGUGGCCGUGGCCGAGCGGCUGUUGGAGGCCAACGCCCACCUGGCCAAAAAUCACCUGCUGGGGACAGUUGACAGCAUCAUGGAGUUCUAUUUCACUGGUGCUCCCGCCAGCCCCAGUGGCUGUGGAGUGGCCGAGCGGUGCCGAAGAGCCACCGAGGACAUCCCAAGGCUCCUUCGACCCCCGGAGUGUCCCCAGAGCAUCCCCGAGGUGUCCCCAGUCAGCAUGGAGCCACGAGAGGUGUCCCCUCCGCAUCUGCAUGCGCUGGUGGCCGUGGUGGCCACCCUGGGCGAGGUGGUGGCCACUGUGACCGGGCCACACAGGGGCAAGUUCCUGCACGAGUCCCCAGACACCCUGCAUGAGGACCUGAAGAACUUCACCCGGAGCCUCUGUAAGAUCCUGGACCACGGUGAUGUCACCUCUCUGGGCAACUCUGGUAUCCCCUCCCUGGGCCGGGCCCUGGCCGCCCUCAGGACAGCCUCUGGGACCACCCAGGCCAAUGUGAGAGCCGUGGCCAGCGCCUGGCGGGAGUUGGUGGCCAGGCUCGUGGACUGCUGGGACCAGCUGGCCAGGGAAGCCACCAAGCUCCGUGACACCUGCAGGAAGGUGGUCACAGACCAGCAGCUGAUGGUGGCCCGGGACAAGGAGGAGGUGGCCCAGGAAAUGGCCACACACGAUGCCCAGGUGGUGGCAGCCACCAACGAGGCCAUGGGAGAGGCUGUGGCGGCCACCAGGAGGGGACAUUGGGCCGAGGUGGCCCUGGGGCCACUGCAGCGUUUGGUGGCCAUGUGUGACAAAGCCACCUUGUUCAACUGGAACAUGGAGUGCCGGCUCAAGGACAUCAAGGCCAUCCUGAAGGGGACAAAUGAGGUGUCCCCUGAUGUCCUCCAGGCCUUGGUGGCCAAGGUGGCCGAGUUUGAGUGGCUGUGGGUGGCCAGCACCCGCCUGGCCAAGGAUCACCUGCUGGGGACACUUGGGGUCAUCGACAACAUCCUCUUGAGCCCCUAUGGUGACCAUGGCGGCCCCGGUGGCCCCGGCAGCCGCACAGUGGACGAGCGGUGCCAAAAAGCCAUCGAGGACAUCCCGAGGCUGCUGUUGUGGUGGUGUUUGUAGGUCCCAGGACGAGAGAAGGGAUGAGAAUCUGACUCAAUUUUUCAGGCUGAUUUAUUGUUUUAUGAUACUAUAUUAUAUUAAAUAUGCUAUGCUAAAACUAUACUAAAGAAAUAUUGAAAGGAUACAUCAGAAAGGUAGAAAAGAAUGAAUAGUAAAAACCUGUGACAGAGCAGAGAGUCCGACACAGCUGGUUGUGAUUGGCCAUUAAUUAAAAACAAUUCACAUGUUUGGAUAAACAAUUGUCCAAACCACAUUCCAAAGCAGCACAACAUGGAGAAGCUGAAGCUUGCCAGGAGAGAAAAUCCUGGCAAAGGGAUUUUUCAUAAAAUAUCACAGUGACAUGCUGUGGGGACAGUGAUGUCACCGGUGUGAAAUCAUUAGGGCAGUGAUGUCACUGGAGAAAGUGUUGGACACUUCAGUCCCACCAGCCCAUCAUGUCACCAAGUGCCCGUCAAGUGCCACCAGUUCCUCAAGUGCCACCAGCUCCCCAAGUGCCACCAGUUCUUCAAGUGCCAACAGCUCCUCAUGUCACCAAGAGCCCCUCAAGUGCCAUCAGCUCCUCAUGUCACCAAGAGCCCCUCAAAUGUCACCAGUUCCUCAAGUGCCACCAGCUCCUCGUUUCACCAAGAGUUCCUCAAGUGCCAUCAGCUCCUCAUGUCACCAAGACCCCCUCAAAUGUCACCAGUUCCUCAAGUGCCACCAGCUCCUCAUGUCACCAAGAACUCCUCAAGUGCCAUCAGCUCCUCAUGUCACCAAGAGCCCCUCAAAUGUCACCAGUUCCUCAAGUGCCACCAGCUCCUUGUUUCACCAAGAGCUCCUCAAGUGCCACCAGCUCCCUCAAGUGCCACCUGUUCCUUGAGUGCCACCAGCUCCUCAUGUCACCAAGAGUCCCUCAAGUGUCACCACCUCCCUGAGUGCCACCAGCUCCUCGAGUGCCACCAGCUCUUCGUGUCACCAAGACCGCCUCAGUUGUCACCAGUUCUUCGAGUGCCACCAGCUCCUUGUGUCACCAAGAGCCCCUCGAGUGCCACCAGCCUGGGACAGAACUGGUGCCACUGGGCUGAUGGUACUGCCGUGUCACUGGUGCCACCUGCAUGCUGUCCCUGUGUCCCCUCAGAGGGGACACGAGGAGUGGCAGAGGGGACACAGGGGUAGUGGACAGGGGCUCUCAAAGGGACAGAGGGGACAGCAGAGCCCUCCAGGGAGGGCACAAGGGGGACCCUGGGAGGUCACAAGUGUCACCAGGUCCCUGACACCUCCCCUGUCCCCUUCCCAGCUGUCCCCUCUGCAGCUGGAGGUGAUGAUGGAUGUGGUGGCCAUCGUGGGCGAGGUGGUGGCCACCGUGACUGGGCCAUACAGGGGCAAGUGCCUGCACAAGUCCCCAUACUCCCUGCAUGAAGGUACCUGAGGAGAUUCACCGGGAGGCUCCGUAGGACCCUGAACCACGGCAGUGUCACCUCCACCGUGGUGUCCCCUCCCUAGGCUGGGCCUUAGUCACCCUUGGGGCCACCCUGGGACAACCUGGGCUGAUGUCAGAGCCGUGGCCAGUGCCUGGCAGGAGUCGGUGUCCAGGCUCAUGGACAGAUGGGCCCGGCUGGCCAGGGAGGCCACCAAGCUCCAUGCCACCUGCAGGGAGGUGGCCACUGCUGAGGCCACUGCUGCAGCCACCGCCCAGGCCAGGAACUGGCAGGACACGGCCGCCUGCUUGGGGACAGCUCAGGAAAACACGGUGGCCACGGAACAGGAGCUGCCACUGGCCCUUGACAGGGAGGAGGGGCUGCGCUCAAGGCCCAGGUGGUGGAGGCCACCAACGAGGUGCUGGUGGCCACUGUGGCCAUGGGAGAGGCCGUGGUGGCCAAGAGCCAGGGGAUGGUGGCCACCACGAGGUGAAGGUGGCCCUGGGGCUGCUGGAGUGCUUGGUGGCUGCGUGUGACAAAGCCACCGCCUUCCCCCAGGAGCUGCAGUGCCUGCUCAGGGACAUCGUAGACACCACGGAGGGGACAGAGGAGGAGUCUCCCAAUGUCCCCAAGGCCUUGCCAGCCAAGGUGGCCAUGGCUGAGUGCUGUGUGUGGCCAACGCCUGCUUGGCCAAGGAUCACCUUCUGGGGACACAAGAUGACAUCAACAACAUCUUCAGUUUUGAUGCCAACAGCUCCAGUAUCCGUGUGGAGACCAAGAAUGCCAAAAAACCAUUGAGGACAUCCUAAAACUGCUGCAGGGAUGGUGGUGUCACUGCUGUGACAUCAUGGAGGCAGUGACAUCAUAGGAGACGUUGCUGCUCUCACCUGUCCCCUCCCCGUGCAAUAUUUGAGACAAAUUGGGGGAAUUUUCUGUGAAUUUUCAUUGAUACUGUUGCAAAUCUUGAUGGGAACUUCUGGGGUGACCUCACCAGGGACAGUCUAGGGACACUCAGGGACACUCAGGAACACUCAGGGACAGGGGUGACUGAGUCCCCUCAGCAGCUUCCCGCUUUCCACUGUGCCUGUAGCAGAGCCGGGACAUAAACGACAAUAUAAAAAUUGCCUUCUGCAGUACUGCAUUGGCUUUUGCACUUUUGUAUUGCCUUUUGCACUUUUGUAUUGCCUUUUGCACAUUGUUAUUAUUCAACAGCAAUUUGAUAUGGUGUUUGAUACUGAUACUGAUUGUCAGUGAUUCCUUGUAGCUGCUGGUUUGUGCAAUAUAAUCUAUCAGUUCAUGUGUGUACCGUACAGCCUCUAAAUAAAUUAAUUAAUUGAA